AUGAUGGCAAAGAUGAAAGUUUCAUCAAUGAAGUUGGUGUUUUUUGUUCUAGCCGUUGUUCUGUUUGGGUUUAUGGGUUAUGAAUCAUAUGCCUCAUUUACCCCUGUUGAUAACUACUUGGUUGCCUGUGGAUCAUCACAAAAUGUCACCUUCCUUGGUCAGACCUAUGUUCCUGAUUCUUCAAUUGCAUUGAGAAGUCUGGGUAAUUCCCUUUUUGCUACCUCCAAUUCUAGUGUCCCAUCUCCACUCUACCAUUGCGCCAGAAUUUUCUCUGCAACUGCAUCUUAUAAAUUUGAUAUUCAGCAAGAAGGUCGUCAUUGGGUUCGCCUCUAUUUUUACCCUCUUCCAGACACAGGCCACAAUUUGGCAUCUGCAUCAAUGACUGUGGUCACUGAAAAUUUUGUGCUCUUAAACAACUUCACUUUUAAGAGCUACAAUGGUUCUUACCUCUUCAAAGAGUAUGCAGUCAAUGUUACUUCAGAUUCCUUGACUCUUAGUUUCAUUCCUUCCAACAAUUCAAUUGCGUUUAUUAAUGCAAUUGAAGUUGUCUCUAUCCCAGAUGAGUUGAUCCCCGAUCAAGCACUUGCUUUAUCCCCGUCCGCCCCUUUUAAUGGCCUUUCCGGACUUGCCCUUGAAACUGUUUAUCGGUUAAACAUGGGCGGUCCAUUAAUCACUGCUCAAAAUGAUACCCUGGGAAGAACUUGGGAGAAUGAUGUAAAAUAUCUCCAUGUGAACAGCUCUGCUAAGAAAGUUUCCGUUAACCCUGCCAACAUAAAGUACCCGGUUGCUGUCACACCUGAAACGGCACCAAAUUUGGUUUAUGCCACUGCUGAAACCAUGGGAGAAGCAAAUGUGCCCAACGUGAACUUCAAUAUUACUUGGGUCUUCCUAGUUGAUCCUAAUUUUACAUACUUUGUCAGGGUUCAUUUCUGCGACAUCGUGAGCAAAUCUCUAAACAAUCUUGUGUUCAACGUAUAUAUUAAUUCUGAUAUCGCUCUAGGGAGUCUGGAUCUAUCUUCUGUAGCUGGUAACUUGAAUGUGCCUUACUACAAAGAUUUUGUUUCCAACACACCGGCUGACUCAGAUACUUUGACAGUUAGUGUUGGUCCAGACACGGAUACUGUUGUUACCGCAGAUGCAAUUAUGAAUGGUUUGGAAAUCAUGAAGAUUAGCAAUGGGGCUAGAAGCUUGGAUGGGCAUAUGUCAGUUGAGACAAUUCUCGUGUUUCCAUCAAAAAAGGCCAAGAUAGGGAUCAUAGUUGGCGCUGUUGUGGGAGCUUUAGCUGCAAUUGCAUUUAUAGGUGUUUGCUAUUGCUGCUUGGUAGCCCGCAGGUCGAAGACUCCUCACCAAGGGCAUUCAUGGCUUCCUCUGCCCUUGUAUGGUAACUCUCUGACUAUGACAAAAAUGUCCAACACUUCUCAGAAGAGCGGAACGGCAAGCUGCAUCUCAUUAACUUCCUCCAACCUUGGCCGAUUCUUCACAUUUCAAGAAAUUAUGGAUGCAACUAAAAAAUUUGAUGAGAGCCUGCUACUCGGGGUAGGCGGUUUUGGUAAGGUUUACAAGGGAACAAUGGAAGAUGGUACAAAUGUAGCUGUCAAAAGAGGAAACCCAAGGUCUGAACAAGGUCUUGCUGAAUUUCGUACUGAGAUUGAAAUGUUAUCCAAGCUCCGACACCGUCACCUCGUCUCUCUCAUUGGUUAUUGUGAUGAGAGGUCAGAAAUGAUUUUGGUUUAUGAAUACAUGGCAAAUGGGCCGCUCAGGAGCCAUCUUUACGGAACAGAUCUACCAUCUCUCCCGUGGAAGCAGCGUCUGGAAAUUUGCAUUGGGGCUUCUAGGGGCCUUCAUUAUCUCCACACUGGUGCAGCUCAAAGCAUAAUCCACCGAGAUGUGAAGACAACAAACAUACUCUUGGAUGAGAACUUUGUGGCCAAAGUUGCUGAUUUUGGCCUCUCUAAGGCAGGACCAGCUCUUGAUCAGACCCAUGUGAGUACAGCUGUUAAGGGAAGUUUCGGCUACCUCGAUCCUGAAUACUUUAGAAGGCAACAGCUCACAGAGAAAUCAGAUGUUUAUUCAUUUGGUGUUGUCCUGAUGGAAGUUCUCUGCACAAGACCAGCUUUAAACCCUGUUCUUCCGAGAGAGCAAGUUAAUAUUGCAGAAUGGGCAAUGACUUGGCAAAAGAAGGGUAUGUUGGAUCAAAUCAUGGACCCAAAUUUAACGGGGAAGGUGAAUCCAGCUUCUCUCAAGAAGUUUGGGGAGACAGCAGAGAAAUGCCUCGCUGAGCAUGGGGUUGACAGACCUUCAAUGGGUGAUGUUCUGUGGAAUCUAGAGUAUGCUCUCCAGCUUGAGGAGACUUCAUCGGCUCUCAUGGACUCUGAAGAUAACAGCACAAACCACAUACCUGGUAUUCCAUUGACUCCACUUGAGCCAUUCGAUAACAGCGCAACAAGUAUGAUUGAAGGGGCAAACUCCGGCACAGAUGAUGAUGCAGAAGAUGCUGCCCCUAGUACUGUUUUCUCUCAGCUGGUAAAUCCUCGUGGAAGAUGA